AUGGCUAUGAUGGAGAUCAGUGUUUGGAAGUGGCUCAUUCCAGCCCUAUUUUGUUUUGUUGAUGGUAUCAGGCGUUUUGAACCUAUUGACAUUGAUGACCCUAGAGAACCGAGACCGGUUAUUGAUAGACCAGUCAUUAUUGAUAAACCUAUCUUUAGACCAAUCAUUAUUGAUAGACCAGUGAUCGUUGAUGGACCAGUCACUGUUGAUGGGCCGAUCUUCAUGGUGAUGUUUCCUUCAUUGAUUGAGUCUGGCUCUGACGCUAAACUGUGUGUUAGCCUUCUGAGACUUGAAGAGAGUCUCACAUUGACCAUUUCUCUGGUUGAUGACAAGAACACUGAAACCCAACUUGUGCAGCAGACGUCCCGGAGUAAGCUUCAUCGCUGUUUUAAUUUCCAGGCUCCUCAAGUAAGUGGAGAUUCAGUGCAGACGGUGAGGGUGGUUGCUCAGGGACCGUCCAAUACAAAGACUGAAGAGCGUAAAGUGAUGUUCAGGUCUUAUCUGCCUCUGACCUUCAUCCAGACAGACAAACCACUCUACAAUCCAGGACAGACAGUGAAUUUCAGAGUUGUUACCAUGACUGAUAAACUUGUGCCUCUUGACCAAAUGUACAAUCUGGUCGUGCUGGAGGACUUUCGUAAUAUCCGGAUAAAUCAAUGGACAAGUGUGUCCUCUACAAACUGGAUUUUGGAGCUUUCUCAUGAUUUGAUCCCAGAAGCUCAGGUUGGGACGUACACUCUGAAGGCUUAUAUUGGGGACCGAAUCAUCUCCCAGAGUUUUGAUGUGAAACGAUAUGUUUUACCCAAGUUUGACGUGACCCUAAACACACCGCAGACGUAUAGUGUUGCAGAUGUGGGACUGAAAGUUGAGGCCUGUGCAAAAUACACAUUUGGGCAGCCUGUACCUGGCCAAGUGUUUGUGGAAGUGUGCCGUCAGCCUCUUACCUACAUUCAGGAUCCUAAAGUGACCAGUGUGUGUCAGAAAAAAUCCACUAAGACGACUGGCACUGGCUGUGCCUCUCUUACACUCAGUACAUCAGUGUUUUUCGGCACCAGUUUUGAGAGUAACCUGCAAAACUCUUUUGCCAUUAAUGUCACUGUCACUGAGGAGGGAACAGGUGUAGUCAUGUCCAAAUCCACAACUGUGUCAAUUACAUUUGAAGUUGGCAAGGUCACAUUCGUGGAUCUCCCGAAGUUCUAUGAUUAUGGGUCAACAGUGAAUGGAAAGAUCUCAGUGUCUGAUUUCAAUGGUAACCCAAUCAAUAGCAAGACAGUCUAUCUCCUGGACAGCAGCCAAUGGCCACACAAACUGCGGUUCACUUUAACCACAAAUGAGAAUGGACUUGCCAUGUUUUCCCUUGACACAACUGGUUUUCCUAAAGCUGAUCUGAAUCUUGUGGCAAGUGCAACUCCACAGGCUUAUUAUGAUUACAAUUCGCCAUACUUCACUACAGAUGCACAGGUGGUUCGUCUUUCCCGAACUGCUGCUCCUGCCAACCCAACCUUUAGUGAUAUGUCUAUAGUGAAGCUUGAGCAGCCGCUGAAGUGUGGCACCACUUAUCCAGUGACUGUCAAGUAUUCAUUUGUUGGAGAGACUGGCGACUACAGUGCUGACAUCAUCUAUAUGGUCAUGUCCAGAGGAGUGAUCGUUCUCCAUGGGUUUAAAACUGUUCAAGCUCUGGCUUCUGAUACCCUCACGAAGGGCACGGUGACAUUUGAUCUCUCGGUUCUAGCCAAUAUGGCUCCAAUGGUGCAGAUUCUGGUCUUCUGUGUUCUGCCCAGUCAGACCGUAGUGACUGGUAGUGCAUCUUUUGACACUGAGAAGUGUUUCUCAAACCAGGUUUCUCUGCAGUUCUCUCCCGCUACAGCUGUUCCUGGUGAGGGAAAUAUUUUGACCGUCUCUGCUCAAGCAGGAUCUCUGUGUGGUCUCAGUGCUAUAGAUCAGAGCGUAUUGAUCGUGCAAUCAGGAGGACGUUUGAACGCAGAGGCGGUGUUUAACUUGCUCCCACUGCAAUUGCUAUCUAAUUAUCCGCCUGGUGCUGAAGAUCAACAGAACUGCUAUAGCAUUAGAUCCCGUCGAGCUGUUCCUACAGAUCAAGCUUAUAACACUUUUAAGAGUGUGGGAAUCAAGAUUGCAACAAAUCUGCCAGUUCGAGCACCUCCGUGCAUGAUGUACAAGGACCUGGUUUACUAUCCCAACUUUCGAGGGGUAGUUCCUUUUCGAGAUGCUGUUUUUGCUAUGGCUAGAGAACCUCCUGCCCCUGUAGCAAUGGCAGAAGUUGCUGGAGGUUCCUCUGCUGUUGAUGUGACUAUCAGGACUUACUUUCCAGAAACGUGGAUCUGGCAACUUGCUCAUGUGGGAGACUCUGGAUUGGCCUCAGUUCCCCUCACAGUUCCUGAUACUAUCACUACAUGGGACGCUGAGGCCUUCUGUCUGUCCUCCAAUGGUUUUGGUUUGGCUCCACCAGUUCUGCUGACUGCCUUCCAGCCCUUCUUCCUAGAGCUCACCCUGCCUUACUCGAUAAUCCGUGGGGAGUUGUUUGAGCUGAAGGCAACGGUCUUCAACUAUCUGUCCCAAUGCAUCAAGGUUCAAGUGACUCCAACACCAUCCUCCAACUUCACUCUUAAAUCUCUUAAUGAUCAAUAUUCAUCCACUCUCCCUGCCAAUGGAAGAACAACUUUCAAAUGGGCUUUAACUGCUUCUGUUAUUGGAACUUUAAAUGUUACUGUCAGUGCCGAGGCCAGUCCGUCCCAGGAAUUGUGUGACAAUCAGGUUGUCACUGUACCAUCAAGAGGACGCAUUGACAUAGUCACUCGAAGUCUGCUGGUUCUGGCUGAAGGUGUGGAAAGGACCUUCAUCCGAAGUUGGUUACUCUGUCCAAAGGGAAACAUGCUGUCAGAAGUAGUGAAGAUCACAUUUCCAAAAAUUGUCAUCCAAGGAUCAGCCAGAUGCUCUGUAUCAGUCAUUGGGGACAUAAUGGGUCGUGCACUGAACAAUCUGGCCAAUUUGCUACGGAUGCCUUCUGGCUGUGGAGAACAGAAUAUGAUCAUUCUUGCACCCAAUAUUUACAUCCUACGGUAUCUGACAGUAACUGCACAGCUCACCCCAGCCAUCCAAGACACUGCAACAAGCUAUCUUCAGAUUGGAUAUCAAGGAGAGCUGAACUACAGGCACAGUGACGGUUCAUUCAGCACUUUUGGUUACGAUCCAUCUAAUACAUGGUUGACCGCUUUUGUCAUGAGGACUUUUGGCCUAGCAAGGAACUUCACCUACAUAGAUCCCAAUGUUCUUAAGAGUGCAAAGGACUGGUUAAUAAGCAAACAGGGUUCAAAUGGUGGUUUUAUGCAGCAGGGCACUCUGUACCACAAUGACAUGAAGGGUGGAGUUGGUGAUGACGUGACCAUGACUGGCUACAUUGUUGCAUCACUGCUUGAAAUAGGCGUCCCUGUCACGGAUCCUGUCAUUACUAAAGCUCUGUCGUUUUUGAGGCCUCUAGUUGGAAAUCUGGGAAACACUUAUGUAACUGCUCUGCUCGCCUACACCUUCAGUCUGGCUGGAGAGACCAACACUCGGGCACAGCUUUUAAGUGCCCUGAGAAAUAUUGCAAUUUCUGAAGGUACUACUCUCCACUGGUCUCAGACUACAUUUGGGGAAACCCUGGCAGUGGAGAUCAGUGCAUAUGUUCUGCUAGCGGUUCUCACUGUACAGCCUGUGACCACUGCUAACCUGGGUUAUGCUAACCGCAUUGUCAACUGGCUUGUGGCCCAGCAGAAUCCUUAUGGUGGCUUUACAUCUACUCAGGACACAGUGGUGGCUCUUCAGGCCUUGGCUCUGUAUGCUGCUCAAGUGUACAGCCCUGGAGGCUCUAUCACAGUUACAGUUCAGUCCUCAGAGCCAGCAGGAGAUGUUUUCAACUUUGCUGUGACUCCCAACAACCGCUUGCUGUAUCAGAGAAAUUCACUGAACAACUUUCCUGGCACAUAUAGUGUUGUAGCAAGGGGAUCUGCCUGUGCUUCUGUACAGGUUGCCUGUUUCUACAACAUCCCAACUCCUAUUACGGUUUCCAAAACAUUGAGUGUUGUUGCGAAGGUGACUGGAGACUGCCAGGCUGCACCAGUCAAUCUGAUGUUGACCUUCACAGUGCAAUACACUGGUCCAAAGCCAACUACUAACAUGGUUCUAGUGGACAUCAAGGUGUUGUCAGGAUUCACUGCAGACACCUCACUGCUUGGAUCCCCACCUAAUUUUGCUCCAUUAGUGCAGAGGGUUGAUUCAGAUGGUGAUCACGUCCUUGUCUAUCUACAAGAGGUUCCCAAAGGUGUUCCAGUGACCUUCAAUAUACAGCUGACACGGGCUGUUGCAGUGCAGAAUCUGAAGCCAGCGGUCAUCAAUAUUUAUGACUAUUACCAGAGAAAUGAUAAAUUUGAGACCACGUACACUCCCCCCUGUCCAUGAUCAUGCUUCAGUGUGUUUAAUAAAAGAUUUUAAGUGAA